GAGCAGAACUCACCGCAGAUGAUCCGUAGGAAUGCAGGCGAAACACCACGAGCAAGGAGAAGAAGCCGUAGCGUGUCUCCAGAGACGCAUUUGCGCCUGGGACCAGAGCGCGCUUCGCAAAGUCCGAAGCAGGGAUCACGACGUGGUAGAAACAUCAACAAGGCAUCAAGUGAUAAUUCCACACGACAUGAGGAAUUAAAAGCAAGUAUAGUAGGUGUAAGUGUGACAACAUCGCCGACAACGAAGCUCUACGUACAGGCAACGCCAACGCAGCGUCCGCAGCUCGCCUACAUUUCGAAGCAAGUGGAGGAGGAGGAAGAUGCUGGCACAACUACUCUGCGACCAUCAAAUCCUGGACUCCAAAGACCUUCUCACAACUACCAGAAGAUAAAUUAA